AUGAAUUAAAGUUAUUUACUCUAAUUAUUUACCCAACCUAUAGCUGAAGGAUUGCCUAUUGUAGAAUUAGAUCAAUUUUUAGAUUAUAUUGCCAAAGUUUAAUCUAACCUAGAAAAUUAAUAAUCUGUAGAUUUAUACAUGGAGAACAAUUUUUCACUAAAAUUAAUUUUGAUAAUGAGAACACUUUAUCAUUUUGAUUCAAUUAUGCAAAUGAAUCCUUAGAAAUAUAACCCUUAACGAUUCAAAUCAAUGGUUAUCUUUGCCACUCAACAACUAAGGAAACUAUCAUAAAUCACAUAAGAACAAGAUCAAUAAAUAAUAUUUUCUCUAUCCAUUCAUUUAGGUAUUAAAUAUUUCAAAUCUCAUCAUAAACUAAUAACCCAUCUAAUUGCAAUGGUAUUUGAAGCAUUUUAAGAGAAAAAUGAACUAUUUGACUUUUUAUUGUAAUAAAUGUAGUAAUCCUUAGCAGGUAGUCACCAACAUAUGUCGACCUCUAUUAUAUCAAUAUUAUUUAUUUUGGAUUAAUUAUUGAGAUUUCUAUUUAACAUCAGAACUUUGGAUUAAUAACUUUAAAUUAUAAUUGAGCAGAUAUUUCAAUAAUUUUAAUUUAUUGAUUACUCAAAUAUUGAUCUUUAAUUAGGGAAAACAUUAAGUAGUAUCAUAGUAGUAUGCAUUCAAAAGUACAAUUGUUACUAACAAGAAAAAUUAUUAAUAUUAUCAUAAGAUCAGCAUUUAUUAACAUUCAUUCAAAAGUAUUUAUUAUAAGAUUACAUAAUAACCUCACACUUAGUCAAAUCUUUAUCCAUACUCAUUAAAAAUUAAUAAUAAGUUCAGGCUCAACUAAAAUUUGAUUCACAGUAAGUCCCCUACUUAGCACAAUUGACUAAUUAAAUUUUACCACUACUUAUUUAAUCAUUUUUGGAAAAAAAAUUUGAUUACUCUACAUCUUUAUCAGUCUUACAGUUUGUAAACGAAUGCUUAAGUUAUUCUUUUUCAUACGACUUUUUUUUAAAUAAUUAACAGCAAUUAUUAUUCAAUGUAAUUUUGAAUUAAUUAAUCUUUGAUGACGAUGAUCACUAAAAUUUUUAUGAAAACACGACAGACUUUUAUGAGAAUAUCUAAGCCAUAAUUAAUUUUGAUGUAAAUAUUAUUUAAUUAUCUAGAAUGACACAAUUAAAGGCUUAAUAGCAUAAAUUUUGGAUAAACUUUCUUAAAAUAUAGAUGGAUUUUUAAAAAAUUACUAUGAUUUGGCAUACGAAUUAUUGCUGUUUCAUUUUGAAGUAAUUCAGGAAACCUCAUUAUGCAAUAAAUUACAGAAGGAAAUAAUUUAAUGUAACUUUUUUACUUGUUCUCCUGAUACAAGAUAUAAUACAAUUAUGUUAUCGUUUUGUAUUUUAAAUAAAUAACUUACAACUAGAAAAGAUGUUAGAUAAAGUAUAGAGUAUUUUUUAAAGCAAAACUUAAAGUACAUGAAAAAAAAGGCAGACACUCUGGGGAAGUGCUUAGGAAUGGAAUUCAUUAAAAUUGCUUUGCCUUAAAUAUUCUGUAAUUCUGACAGAUCUUUUUCUAAAUGUAUAAAAUUCUGCUUUGGAAUCUUAAAUUAGUCAAAGCAGAAGCGAGGAGUAAAGCUAUUUGCAAUUAAAUGUCUGAUUUAUCUCAUGUAAAACUAAGAUAUUUAACAAAAAAUGGAAGAUUCAAUAGCGAUUUAGCACAAUGAAUUUUGUGUUUAAUUAGCAUAAUGCGAUCUUGACAUCUAUUAUGAAUUCGCAUCAAUUGUUGUCUAGAAUUGUAAUUUAAUCAUAGAUACAUACCUCGAUGAUAUAAUGAAGGCAAUUGUAAAAAGAAUUGAUUUAGGUUGUAAAAAAAUCAAUUUGAAUCAAACAUAAUAUAUUAAUCAUACUUCAAUCGUUUUUAGUUGCAUAAAGAUUGUUGAUACUAUUUUAUCAUAACCAUAUACACUUAAAUAUACUGUAUUUAUUGCAUAAAUAAUUUUAGGCCUAACUAGAACCCACUUUGAUUUAACUUAUUAACUUGUUAUUGCAACCAGAAAAUUUGUAGUUUGUAGAUGAGAUCUUUGAUGCUGGUGCCAAAUUCAUUGCAUAUACAAAGGGUUUGACAGAAUUAAUACAUAUAAUUUAUGAUAGUUUACCUGGUAUUCUUGAAAAGGAAGGUAAAUUAACAAUUGAAAGUGUUUUCAAACUCUUUUUGUCAAGCACAAUUCAUGCUUCUGAAGUGAUAAAAUCGAAACCUUAGUGGAUAUCGAUAGUAUAUAAAUUUUUUGUAAGUUUUAGAUGAUAAAAUUUGUUUAUUCUGAGCUUUAUAAAAAUGAUUCAAUUGAAGAUAAUAUCAGAAUUUCAAUAUUAAUUCAAACAUUCUAUCAGUACUAUAAUUUAGAUGAGUGUUGCUUAUUGUUAACAGAAUAAUUUUAUAAAAUUCUUUCCCUAUAAUUAUAAUAAAAAGAAAUAUUGCCAAAAACUUUUAUUUCCAUAUUUAUGCCAGUUAUUAUGGAUAAUUCUAAAAUAUUAAAUGCUCAUUUAAGAUAAAUCAUUAUAAAUACAAGUGGCUAUAUAAACUUGACAUUUGGAAGAGCCUUAACAGUUUAUAAUUAUAAAUUUUAUUUUAUGAUCAUUCACUUUUUAAUUCUAAACUCUCACAUUCUAUAUGAAGAACAACAUAGACAAUAGAUAAUUGAAUAAUUGUUUAAUAAUUUUCUCAAUAAAUAUGCUGCAUAUAUAGAGAAAAUAUCUUUUCAUUAAAAAAUUGGAAACCCAAACUUUUCAUAAUAAGUAAAAUAUAUGUCAACUAUUAGAUGGAAAAAUCUAUUCCAAGUUUUGAUCUUGAAUAUUAAGACAAUCAACUAGAAUUACAUUUAAAAGAGAUGUCAAACUAUAAGAAAGAAAAUUAGAUUGAAAAACCAAAUAUGAUGGAUCUUGAUACUACUCGCAUAAUGUCAUAAAAUUAACAAACUUAAAUUGUUUAAAAUAUUCUACAGUGUCUAAAAAUUAAUUACCCCACAAUAUUAUCCUAGCUUACACAGGCAGAUCACUUUCUUUUAAAUUCAAUUUUAUAAAUUAAAGAAGUUGAUGCAUAAAAUUAGUUGGGCGUUAGAUAAAUUAUGAAUGUGAAAAAGUUUUAGAGAAAGAAUUAAAAUUUGAAAUAGUAUAAUGUUAUGUGA